AUGAGUUUAGAAGAUACUCUAAGUAAUAUGACAUUGUAUGAUGCCAAAAAAUACUUCCGUAAAGCACAAAAUGUGGUAUUUAAUUAUACUGAUAUGGAAGCUAAAGUUCGUGAGGCUACUAAUAAUGAGCCUUGGGGUGCCUCAUCUACUUUGAUGGAACAAAUCGCUCAAGGAACUUAUAAUCCGAGAGAACGUGAAGAAAUCUUAUCUAUGAUCCUUCGACGUUUUACUGAAAAGAGUGGUAACUUGUGGCGUCAAAUUUAUAAAGCUUUACAACUAUUGGAAUAUUUAAUUACUCAUGGUGCAGAGAGAUUUAUUGAUGAAGCUCGUAGCAGUUUAGGAUUGAUUAGAAUGUUAGAAAGUUUCCAUUACGUGGACUCAGAGGGCAGAGAUCAAGGUGCUAAUGUCCGUAGUAGAGCUCAAGCAAUGACGUCGCUUUUGUCAAGUGACGAUGCUAUCAGAAGCGCACGUCGUAAAGCAAGAUCAACAGCAGGUAAAUUUCGCGGAACUGGUAAUGCUAUGGGUGCAACGGGUGAAUCUGGUUAUAACACCCAUGCUGGGUUUGCUCGUAGUAAUGGUAUUAGUGUCAGUGCUGAUUUUGAUCCAGAUUCGGAUGAUGAUACUCCAGAAUGGUCAAAACCAGCUAAAUCUCAACCUUCCACUUCUAAGAAGCAAACUACUACCGCAAAUACAGCUCCUUCAAGUGGGCACAAACCUGAAGAUGCUGAUGAUGACGAUGAUGAAGAUUUUGCCGAUUUUCAAAGUGCUCAGCCAAUAACUACAAGUAUUGCUGCAUCUAAUACUACUAAUACUAUGGACUUGUUAAGUGGUAUGAACAACAAUUCAACUGUUAACAAUUCUUCAAAUAUGAAUAUGGACAUGAAUACUUCUUUAAUGAACUCUAACACGAACACUAAUAAUACUUUGGGUAUGACUAUCAAUAACAAUAAUAGUGGUUACUUAAAUUCUUCUUCGCCUGUACCAGCAAUUGCAACAAAAACGGAAAAAUCAGAUCCUUUCGGUUCCUUGUUCUCCUCUGCAAAGUUAAAUACAAAAUCUACUUCUCCAGCGGCUUCUGCUACUCAAGCUAUGAGUACAUUAAAGACAAAUUCAACUAUUGUUAAGUCUAACACAACUUCUACACAAACAAAUGCCAAUGAUAAUGAUGAUGAUGAUGAUGAUUUAUUUGGAGAUUUUAAAGCAUCUACCAAUGCCGCUGCUGUGCCAUCAUCUAAUAAUAGUAAUGAUGCAAAUCAAGAAGUGGAUCUAUUAGAUUUUUAA